AUGUCCCAAAUCACACUCCCUGAGUUGAACAACUUUUUAGCUCUUCUCGCAUCGCCAGCAUCCUCUCGGUUUUGCAGCAACGGCGGUGAUUGGAAUGGCUGGCUUCGAAAAGGUACGUACACCAUUCUAAACACCCAUCCCAUUGGCACAUUCAGCUGGCACCCCAAGACUCCCACUGAAGUUCGCAUCAACAUGAAGUUCUCUCAAAGAACCCCAGCUCUCUGGGGUGUUUCCCUAGACGUUCCUGAAGCGGCAUCAACAGCAACCACAUUCUGGGAACGCAAGCUCGCUCUCGAACGUAGAUCCCAGAAUCACUUUCAUUCUGUCGCUUCCCUGAAUGUUCGACAUGUCUCCCAUGCGCCUGCUCCGGGUGACUUUCUCUGGGGAAACUCAGUUGUGUUUCAAGCGAAACAGGGCAUGGAUUUUUGGUUCUACAAGGAUGGAAGUGAAAAAGGAUUCGUGCUCUACGUGAAGGGUUUGGAUAGUUUGGAGGAGGAGGACAUGGCUUGUCUUAGUCGUGGCGUUCGUGAGAAUCAUCGUCGGUCGGUAAGUAUCUGA